AUGUUAACCAAAAGUGUCUGUGCCGCCUUUAGAUUACCGGUCAGAAGUUUACUUACCAAAGUAUGCCGAUAUCAACCGUCGGCGCCGGUGCGAUGGUUCAACGGAAGGGGCCCAGAUUCGGACCGCAAUUUUAGGAUACGGACAACGGUAUACUAUGUCGCAGCAGCUGGCGUACUUACCGUGGGCUUAAGCUAUGCGGCCGUGCCGUUGUAUCGGAUGUUUUGCCAAGCGUACAGUUACGGAGGUACGACUAGUCAGGGGCACGAUGGCGAAAAAGUGGAAACCAUGAAGAAGAUCAAGGAUAGGAUAAUUAAAGUUAAAUUCAAUGCCGACAUCGGGGCGUCGAUGCGAUGGAAUUUCAAGCCACAGCAAACCGAAAUUAAGGUAGUGCCCGGAGAGACUGCUUUGGCGUUCUACUCUGCCAAGAAUCCCACCGACCAUCCGGUGAUCGGUAUCAGCACGUACAACGUUAUUCCGUUCGAAGCCGGUGCCUAUUUCAACAAGAUACAAUGCUUCUGCUUCGAGGAACAGCAGCUCAAUCCGCACGAGGAGGUAGACCUGCCGGUUUUCUUCUACAUCGACCCCGAGUUUAUCGAAGAUCCGAAGAUGGAGCUGGUGGACUCAAUCACGUUAUCGUACACAUUCUUUGAAUCGAAAGACGGUCUCAACAUACAAUUGCCGGCCAUCGGAAAACAUUUACCGCGUUUUGACGGCCAGCCACGUGUCGCAACUUCUUAGCAAACUAAUGCCUG